AUGAAGGAACGGAAGCUAAGCCACUUCAAUAGGAGGGGGGAAGAGGAAGCUGAAAAGCUAUGGAAAGAGAAAUGCUCGGCAGAGGCGUCGAGAGAAGCUGCUAGACGUUACUUGAAGUCUUCAGUUCGUGUUGGGGGUAUGCACAGUGGAAAAGUUGAUUAUGAAGACAACGAAAGAGUAUUCUCUCCAGUGAAUGUCCCGUCUACGGUGUUAGCCUCUAGACGCGCCGUCCUCGACAGUGUUAGACCUAAGAUACUCGAUCACUCGCCGAAGUCGUGGAAUAUCAGUGUGAAGACGGAUGAGAAGCCUGUUAGGAAAGAUUUGAGAAAGCAGUUGUUGAUGGUUCGAGCGGGGCUCAUGGACCAACCAGUGUGGAAAACGAAUUCGAACGACAAGGAGAUUUCAGUCGCCGAUUUCCCCUCAACUUUUUCACGAAAAGAGCGGAAUAUAAUUCGACACGUCGGUAUGGUCACUGGAAAGGGACCAGUGGGGAGUCUCACGAAGCGAUGGUUCAACUUGGUGGAUGAGAAAGGUGCCAGUCGCCACAGUGCGAACCCUGAGAAUGACUUCAUCGGAUCGUGGGAUAUCUCCUCUAGCACGUGUCAGCCUGCUGACGUUGAUGCUCGAUUGAAGGCGUUUGUGAAGGCUGAGAAGAGGAGGAUUAGAAUGAAUGUUCCCUCAUGCGUCGUUGAUGAGGCUGGAGGCGAUGGCGAGGCGGCUAUUGGAUGA